GUAAAAUAUCUUUCUUUUAGGCAUCACUUGGAAUAAGAAAUUCCCUCAUUUUUUGUUGUGCCCUUGUUUGGUUUGUUUCACAAACAAUCACUAGUCAUCACAAUCCAAAACGCCGUUUCUGUUACCUCCUCUCCACGAACCGAAUGGACUUGUAUGCAUCAUCUCAUUCUCUUCCAAACUAUCCUUCCUCUUUCCUCUUCAAACCUAAGGUUAACACUUUUCACACAACCCUUUUCCCAACAAAAUCCGCACAUUUCAAACCUUCAUUCUUUUCACCAAAUCACCUCACUCUCACUACCCCUAUGAAUCCUCCCACAUCUCUUUCCUCUGCUGCUUUCGUGGAACACAACAACGGUUCAACUUCAACUUCUGCGCCUUUUCACUCAGAGACUAGAGUUGGAGAGGUGAAAAGGGUCACUAAGGAGACUAAUGUAUCUGUCAGAAUUAAUUUGGAUGGUUCUGGUGUUGCUGAUUCUAGUACUGGAAUUCCCUUCCUUGAUCAUAUGCUAGAUCAACUUGCUUCACAUGGACUAUUUGAUGUACACGUGAAGGCUACUGGGGAUGUACACAUCGAUGAUCAUCACACAAAUGAAGAUGUUGCUCUUGCUAUUGGAACGGCUUUGCUGCAAGCCCUUGGUGAUAGGAAGGGUAUUAACCGGUUUGGUGACUUCUCUGCUCCUCUUGAUGAAGCAUUGAUACACGUUUCACUGGAUUUAUCGGGUCGACCACAUCUGAGUUAUAAUUUGGACAUUCCCACUCAAAGGGUUGGGACAUAUGACACACAGUUGGUGGAACAUUUUUUCCAAUCUUUAGUGAAUACUUCUGGUAUGACACUUCACAUUCGCCAGCUUGCUGGAAGAAAUUCUCAUCAUAUUAUUGAAGCAACUUUCAAAGCUUUUGCAAGGGCUCUUCGACAAGCAACAGAAUAUGACCCACGUCGCCGUGGAACUGUGCCAAGUUCCAAAGGAGUUUUGUCACGGUCUUAAUAUCUUCGACUAGCAUACAUAUCUGGAUUGAGCUACUAGUAUUACUGAUUCUGUAUGGUUCUUCAAGGAUGUGAAUUCAUGAUGAACCCUUGCUCUGCUCUCUUCCGUCACAUUGCUUACAUGUCCUGGGAUAAUAAUCCGAGGUGCAGGUUCAAGUAUUUGUAAAAGAAGUUACUGCCAUUGGUAUUUGCUAGUCUGUUGACAUACAAUGCUCAUGGUAUAAGGAUUUGUAUGUCUGACCCUCUCCAAACCCUAGUACGAGCCUUGCGCAGCAAGCAUCUUUUUUUAAGUAAUUUUUUGAAGGUCACAUGAAUAGUUAUAAAUGGUAUACUUUUAUACAGUGCUGGAAUAACAUGCCAGGUUUUAAAUGUUCAAAUAACAUUCUCUAUUAAAAAAGACUCAUGUUUGAACUUUAUAUUCUGUACUCAAGUUAUAAUGCGAGAAUUAUCUAGUAGUCUAAGUUAUAGUCACUACAUAUGAAAAUAUGUUAAGUUUCGUGAGAUCCGAGUCUAAUCUAUCAUCUGCUCAUAAACUUAAUUUUAAGUCAGUCAUUUUAAGAGGCCGUCAAUGCUCUAGUUAAAAUUCUAACCAUCAAUUU